GGAAGAAGAACAGGAGGAGGGGGAGGAGGCGCAUCGUGGGAUCGUGCGGGGAUCGAUUGCUCCUGCCUGUGUCUGAUAAAGAUGGACGCCUGCCGAAACAGGUCGUAGCUGUAAGGAGUUGGUCCCUGGCGCCGUGUGGAAGUUCCCUGUUCUGGGCCGAGGCUUUGCUGCUCUACAGCAUGACCACAGCACUGUCUGAUCAUCUGGUAGUUCUGGCAAAUGAAAAUGGAGGAGGUUUCAAUGUCCAGCCUGGACAACAGCAAGCUGGAGGGUCUGGCUCAGGACAUCCUGUCUGACCUGGUGGAGGAUGCAUGCCUGGGUCUGUGUUUCGACGUGCACCGGGCUGUGAAGCAGGGCUACUUCUUCCUGGAUGACACAGACCAAGAAAGCAUGAGAGACUUUGAAAUCGUGGACCAGCCGGGACUGGAUGUGUUUGGCCAAGUGUACAAUCAGUGGAAAAACAAAGAGUGUGUGUGUCCCAACUGCAGCCGGAGCAUUGCUGCCUCACGCUUUGCCCCGCACCUAGAGAAAUGUCUCGGGAUGGGACGGAACAGCAGCCGGAUAGCCAACCGCAGAAUAGUCACAGGCAAUAACACCAACAAUAAAUCAGAGAGUGACCAAGAGGACAAUGAUGACGUCAACGAUAACGACUGGUCUUACGGGGCAGAAAAGAAAGCAAAGAAACGGAAAUCAGAUAAGAAUCCAAACUCUCCAAGAAGAUCCAAAUCAUUCAAGCAUAAAAGCAGUGAAUGAAGGAAUGACGAGCUGCUCUCAUUUCUCUCCAGGCAUGAUGGGCCCCAGGCGUCGUAUGGACAACCAGGAGAGCCCGCGCAUGCUGAUUAAAGACGAGGCAUUCUCUCAGUAGUGCACUCGGCCACAAACACGCAUUCUUUUACCAUUGUGUGUGAACACACACACACACCAGGGAGACCAACAGCACCUCAGCUUUGGCUCUUUGCGGUCAAACAAAUGAACAUUGAUGUUAUAGGUGACAUUUGUGGCGUUUGCUGCUUUGCAGAAGCAGUUCCUCAGCUCCUCACUCUAUACUUGACAAUUUUUAUUUUUUAUUCAUUGAAUCAUUGUACCAAUACUCUAUUUUUUUUUUUCCUUUUGUUUAAGUUCCAGUCUCAAAUAAUGAAUAUCACCAUUUUGCAACUUAACUGCACAGAGAAAGUCUGGUUGAAGUGAUUCAGCAGCUGAGCAGACGUAGUCUUGCAAGCACCACAGCGUGGACGAACAGUGUUUUGUCUUUUUACAGCACCAAAAAGAUCAGGCAUCAAGUAUACGGAUAUAUCCUCACCUUUGUAACAUUUCAUUCGUUUAGAGAAAAAAAUAAUAAUGACAAAGACAAUCAUCGUUAAUGGUUUGUCUUUUAUUUUCACUCUCAUCGUCAGGGUCGUAGUCGUCCAGCUAAAUCACAAUGCAAACAACUCUUGUCAUUCACCUGUGGAUGUUUUUGUUUUAAAAUGUUCAGUGAAUGAACCUCUAAUUAAUUGUACAAAAUGGUAUUUGCUGCUGGAAGCAGGUUUUUUUUUUUUUUUUUGGCUUCUAUUUUGGUGGCUAGAUCAGCUUGUUUUCUAGCAUCAAAUAUGUCUUUGUAUCAUGUGUUUACAUUGUAAAGGGUUACAUUUAUCCUCGGUGUGAUGUGAUAGUGUAAAUAUUCUAAUAGUUGAAAUGCUGCUAUCAAGGCUCAGUUUGUUCAUCUGUCUAGCAUAAUAAAUGAUUUGUUACCUGUAAUAAGGUUGUGUGCUCAUUG